AUGGCUGAAAUAGCUGUGGAUAGUAAAAAAGUGACUCGUCAAUUUUUAUGGCAAGAAUGUACGGAGUUUGCAUGGUUCUUGACAUCAAACCAAAAUAGCAGUUUGUUUGCUAAUACAUUGGGUACAGACUUUUACAUUAAACAGUGUGCCGAUGUUUUUGGUGAUAAAUUCACACAAGCAUUUAUAGAAGAAGAGAUCAAAAGUACAAAUUCAUAUUACGGUGGGCGACGUAACUACAACCAAAGCAAGUGUUUGUUCACUCAAGGACAGCUUGAUCCAUGGCAGGCCGCUGGCAUCACAGAAGACAAUGAUAAGAAAGGAUAUAAAGCACUGAUCAUGAAGAAUCUUGGGCACGUGAGAGAUCAGGAAGCUGAGAGUGAUAGCGAUCCACCAGAGUUGGUGGAAGCGAGAGAGGACAUCAAAAAAGUUCUUAGGGGAUGGAUUGAAGCUUUCAAUUUUGGACAAAAUCCCAAUACCAUUCCUCCC